CGUAAGUGUUUUAUAGCUAUUGAGUAUUAAAUAUUUUAAAUUGAUAAUUAAAUCUACUCUGAAAGGCAUUUAAAACGCCUAGUGAAUAAAAAAUUAAAUAAUUAAAAAAAAAAAACAAAAUAAUAAUACACAAAAUGAAAAUGAUGUGGAAAGGGUUAAUGAAAUUGAAAAAUAUGGAACAAAGAAUACGGAAGCUAGAGGAAAUAUCGGCGCAGAACACUAUACUCCUGGAGCGGAUUAUUGACAUAUUUCCACCGAUGAAGAUUGAAUUAAUGAUAUUUCCUAUUAAAAACAUGAAUGAUUUAGCAUCUACAGAAUCCUUGCUUUUGAAUAAGCCUGAGGCAGAAAUUGUGGCGUAUCUGAAGCAAACAUUUUCAAAGAGACCCCUAUCAAAAAUUUUGGAUGAAGUGAUUGCGGAGUCCCUGCUCUUAAAAGUGAAUUGGGAUGGAGCCAAAAAAAAGUUGCAUUGAAGAAUUAUGCACUUUUCAAUAAAUUUCUUUACGGUAAUACAUAAUUUUAAUUUAUGUCGUCUAUUUUUUUAACAAGUUUAAUUUUUAGAGGCCUUAAAAUAUGAUUACUCAU